AAUGAGAACAUUACUCAGUAAUUUGACUCCAACUAUAUAUAAGCGACGGAGAUGCUGUAGUAAUUCAGUCUCAGUGAAUUUUUUAAAUUGUGACUAUCAGCAUCUAAAUUUUUCUAGUAUUCGCAAACUAUGGCUCUGUUAGCGCUCUUCCUCCUAUCAAUCAUUGUGUGUGCUGCGUCUGCUCAGGAGCCCUGCCCAGUGAUUUGUACCUUGGAUUAUAGGCCAGUAUGUGCUACAGAUGGUGGUGAGACAAGGACGUUCGGAAACGCUUGUGCUCUAAGAUCAGAGAAUUGUCUUAGACGAAAGAACUUCCGGAAACUUAAUGAUGGCGAAUGUCCUAAGUGACGGCAAUUUUGAUUGGACUAUGCGAACGUGAUAAUGCAGAAAAUAUAACAAAAUUGAAAAUAAAAUAUAUGAAUGAUAAA